GACGUUAAACAGACGGAUCAUGACGGGUGUGGAUGGUUAUUGUUUGCUGUGUUAGCUGUAUUGUUAUGUGAAUUCGUAAUCCGAAUUUAAUACGUAACAUUCAAUAGUAUCUGUUCUGUUAUAUCAUACAUAAUUGUAUUACACAUAGAUUGAUACUAUAUAUUUAAAUAAAAUACAAUGGGUGAUACAAGAAAGAAGAAAAAGUUUUACUUCCGAAAACGUCGAAAUAAAUAUUUUUUAGAACCCGGCUUCAGAGGCUUCUUUUGCACAUGCAAUUUUAGAGAGAAAGACUGCGUGAAAGAAGUGUAUAAUUUACUCAACGAGUAUGCAGGUAAAUUAUAUCCAGAUUUAACAGCAGAAGAGGCGUUGCCGCCCGUGGCUACCGCGUCCGAUGAUCGUUCCGAUAGUGAAUCUGAUGAUGAGACUGAUAUUGGAGAUCUGCUUAAGCGUGAACUGGACUACAUGAAGAAAGACUCGCAAAAGUCUCUAAGACAUAAGCGCUUUCAGGUAGUUGAAACUGGAGCUUCAAAUUGUAUCUUCAUAAAGACUAAUUUGCCUAGUCCAGAAGAGCUCACUACCGCCAUAAUGAAAGAUUUGUAUACUACAAAGUUGCAGAAAACACGUCAUGUAUUGCGUUUACUUCCUAUUAUGGCAACUUGUAAAGCGAACUUGCCAGACAUAAUGGAAUGUGCAGGGAAGUUAUUUGAUAAUUUUUUUCUGAAGGAGCCAUCAACAUUUGCAGUUGUUUUUAAUAAGCGCUUUAAUAGCAGUGUCUCUCGUGAUCUAAUUAUUAAGGAGCUAGCUGAGAUGGUGGUUAUGAAGAAUGGAGAUAACAAAGCGGAUUUGAAAAAUCCAAAACUCUGUAUAAUAGUUGAAAUUAUAAAGGGAAUUUGCUUACUUAGCGUUGUGGACAAUUAUUACACAUAUAAAAAAUAUAAUAUAAAUGAGUUAAGUAAGGACGAGUCUAAUUCAGAGUUAGAAGGGACAGAAGCUAAGAAGUUUAAAGGAAAUGUCUCUGCAGAAGAGGAGCAAAAUGUGACUUAGUGAAAUUCUCUUGCAUACUAAGCUUUACUGUAACCUAUGAUUAAUCUGGGUUGCAGAGUAACUUGGGGCCCGAUACCAAUUCUAUACCAAAAUUAUCUAUGUAUAAUCUUUUCAAUCUAAUAAAACU